AUGGUUUGUUCGGCGGCAGCAACUGCGGCACCUUGUUUGCUUCUCUUGCUGCUGCUGGCCUUUAGCAGCAACGAUGUAGCGGCAGCAAUCGAGCACUCUCCGGAGUCCUCGCCGCUGCCCCAGCUGCAGGAUGCAGAUGUGGCUCUGUCGGGCGCAGGUGGUCUUGCAGACCCCGUAGCAGUAGCAGGGGGUGAUGAAGAAGAGACAGCGCCAGAAGAAGCAGCAGCACCAGUAGCAGCAGCCGCAGCUGGCCUGGAUGAAGCCCACGAUGAGGAUGACUUCGUAGACGACAGCAGCAGCCGCCGCGGCGGCGAUCGCCCGCGCACGACGAAGCGCCUGUACACUACAAAGCGCAGCAUGCGCCCUGGGGGCUCAGCAGCAUCAGGCCAGCUAGCAAUGGGCAAGUACCUGUCACUGGCCCUGCUGCUGCUCGCCGCCAGCGUCUUCAUGGGAUUCCGCACCAAGCUGUUUCCAGUGGAGGAUGAGGAGGAGGAGGAGGAUGAGGGGGAGGACGAGGCCUAA